AUGUACAUGGAGCAACCACCGUUCACUGAAGAUGACCCGAGCACUCCCACCACCACCGCUGCCCCAGCCACCACAAGCCAAGAACACGAAACCCAACAACGGACCGGCACACGGCACGCGGUUUACCGAGGCGUGAGGAAGCGGCGGUGGGGAAAAUGGGUGUCCGAGAUCAGGGAGCCACGCAAGAAGUCACGCAUUUGGCUAGGGUCCUUCCCAGUGCCCGAGAUGGCGGCCAAGGCGUAUGAUGUAGCGGCCUACUGCCUCAAAGGGCCGAAAGCGCAGCUCAACUUCCCCGACGAGGUGGAGGACUUGCCGAGGCCCUCCACGUGUACAGCUAGGGAUAUUCAGGCGGCAGCAGCAAAAGCAGCACAGGCUAUGAAGUCUUCAGGUACAGCUAGAAGCAGCCCUGAUCAUCAGGAUCAUCACCGUGAUGUUUUGGAGGACGGUGGCGCAGAUGACUUUUGGGGUGAGAUUGAGCUGCCGGAGCUAAUGAAUAGCGGCAACUACUCGAACUUUUGUGGUUGGAGUACGUUUCCCGGUGAGGCAGCAGCAUUAACAUGGCCAGAAGGAGAGGCAUGUCUAUAGGACGAUGCUUAAUUAGUUGCUUAUGUGUGGUUGGUGUAUGAUAUAUGUGCUCCAAUUAU